GUGCACACAUGAUAUAUCUAAGUACUGCAAGGCAAAGCCAUUUGAAUUUGUUGGUAAAAAGACACCUCUAGGAGUUAGAUUCUCAACAGUUGGAGGAGAAAGUGGUUCUGCUGACUCUGCCAGGGAUCCCAGAGGAUUUGCUGUAAAGAUGUAUACAGAAGAUGGUAACUGGGAUCUAGUGGGGAACAAUACUCCAAUCUUCUUCAUCAGAGAUCCUAUGCUGUUUCCAAGCUUCAUACAUACACAAAAGAGAAACCCAGAAACUCAUCUGAAGGAUCCAGACAUGUUCUGGGAUUUCAUAACACUUCGACCAGAGACAACCCACCAGGUGUCCUUCCUGUUCUCUGACCGUGGAACCCCUGAUGGAUAUAGACGUAUGAAUGGUUAUGGUAGUCACACAUUUAAGACAGUCAACAAGGAUGGACAGGCAUACUACUGCAAAUUCCACUUCAAGACUGACCAAGGUAUAAAAUGUCUGAGUGCUGAGCAAGCAGACAAGCUGUCUUCAACUGAUCCAGAUUAUGCCAUCCGGGAUUUAUACAAUGCCAUCUCUGAAGGGAAUUUCCCUUCAUGGUCAGUGAAUGUCCAGAUAAUGACAUUUGAAGAAGCAGAAAAUUUCAGAUAUAAUCCUUUUGAUCUUACAAAGAUUUGGCCUCAAGGAGAAUUUCCUUUGAUCCCUGUUGGAAGAAUGGUUUUAAACAGGAACCCAAAGAAUUACUUUGCUGAAGUAGAACAGAUAGCCUUCUCUCCUGUUCAUAUGAUUCCAGGGAUAGAAGCCAGUCCAGAUAAAAUGUUACAGGGAAGAUUAUUCUCCUACUCAGACACACACAGACACAGACUUGGUAGUAACUACCUCCAGAUACCAGUCAAUUGUCCAUAUAAUGCCAGAGUUAAAAAUUACCAGAGAGAUGGCCCACAAUGUGUUGAUGAAAACCAAGCUGGAGCACCUAACUACUUCCCCAACAGUUUUACUGGACCACAGGACAAUCCUCAGUACUUAGAGUCUAAAUUCAGCCUUAGUGGUGAUGUCAAACGUUAUAACACAGCUGAUGACGACAACUAUUCACAAGUUGGUGUAUUCUGGAGAAAGGUACUGAACCCAGCAGAAAGACAAAGACUGGCAGAAAAUAUUGCUGGCCAUGUUUGUAAUGCAUCAGAAUUCCUUCAGAAACGAGUAAUCAACAACUUUGGACAGGCUGACCCAGAAUACGGACAAAUGAUAAAACAAUUAUUGGAUAAAAUUAAUGCUAAAAAGAGGGCAACACAGGCUGGAGUACCUGCCAAUUUAUAGAUUUUAUAAAAGACUGGUUAAAAGCGUUAAUGAACUAUGUUGUGAUGGAUCAAAACAAUCGUAAUCGUAGAUAAUGAACAUAUCAAGCUGGGAAUAUUUCCUGAAAGCUAUUAUUUUAAGUACUUAGAUUAUGCCUUUUAAAUUACUGAGAUAUUAUUUGUUCUUGUGCAAAAAGAAAAUCAAAAUCAGAGAAGCUGAAAGUAGGUUUAUAUUGUAUUCAUAGAGAAUAUAGAUAUAG